AUGGCAGAGGCUCACCAGGCUGUGGCCUUUCAGUUCACUGUCACUCCGGACGGGAUCGACCUGCGGCUGAGCCAUGAAGCCCUUAAGCAGAUCUAUCUCUCUGGACUUCAUUCCUGGAAAAAGAAGUUCAUCAGAUUCAAGAACGGCAUCAUCACUGGUGUGUACCCGGCGAGCCCCUCCAGCUGGCUGAUUGUGGUGGUGGGCGUGAUGUCAACGAUGUACGCCAAGAUCGACCCCUCGUUAGGGAUAAUCGCAAAGAUCAAUCAGACCCUCGACACGACGGGCUACAUGUCCGGCCAGACGCAGGACGUGGUCAGCGGCCUCCUGUUCGGUACGGGGCUCUGGGUGGCCCUCAUCUUUACCAUGCGCUACUCCCUCAAGGUGCUGCUCUCCUACCACGGCUGGAUGUUCGCCGAGCAUGGCAAGAUGAGCCGCGCCACCAAGGUCUGGAUGGGUAUGGUCAAGAUCUUUUCAGGCCGAAAACCCAUGCUGUACAGCUUCCAGACAUCUCUGCCUCGCCUGCCGGUCCCAGCUGUCAAAGACACCGUGAGCAGGUAUCUGGAGUCGGUGAAGCCUCUUAUGAAGGAAGGAGACUUCAAACGCAUGACGGCACUUGCACAAGAUUUCGCUGUCAAUCUCGGACCAAGACUACAGUGGUAUUUGAAGUUAAAAUCCUGGUGGGCUACAAAUUAUGUGAGCGACUGGUGGGAAGAAUAUGUCUACCUCCGAGGACGGGGGCCGCUGAUGGUCAACAGCAACUACUAUGCAAUGGACUUUCUGUACAUCACUCCGACUCACAUUCAGGCAGCAAGAGCAGGCAACACCGUGCACGCCAUCCUGCUUUACAGACGCAAACUGGACCGCGAGGAAAUCAAACCAAUUUGUGUUUUGGGAUCCACAAUUCCACUCUGCUCUGCUCAAUGGGAGCGAAUGUUUAAUACUUCUCGGAUCCCGGGAGAGGAAACAGACACCAUCCAGCACAUGAAGGACAGCAAACAUAUCGUUGUGUACCACGCGGGACGCUACUUCAAGGUCUGGCUCUACCAUGACGGGAGGCUGCUGAAGCCCCGAGAGAUCGAGCAGCAGAUUCAGAGGAUUCUGGACGACCCAUCGGAGCCUCAGGCCGGGGAGGCAAAGCUGGCGGCCCUCACCGCGGCAGACAGAGUACCCUGGGCCAAGUGUCGCCAGGCCUACUUUGGACGUGGGAAAAAUAAGCAGUCUCUUGACGCCAUUGAGAAAGCAGCGUUCUUUGUGACCUUAGAUGAAACCGAAGAAGGAUAUAAAAAGGAGGACCCGGUCACAUCAAUGGACAGCUAUGCCAAGUCUCUCCUGCACGGCAGAUGUUUUGAUAGGUGGUUUGACAAGUCGUUCACGUUCAUCGUCUUCAAAAACGGCAAGAUAGGCAUGAACGCAGAGCACGCCUGGGCCGACGCGCCCAUCGUUGGGCACCUUUGGGAGUAUGUCAUGGCCACCGACACCUUCCAGCUGGGCUAUGCAGAGGAUGGACACUGUAAAGGGGACACCAACCCAAAUAUCCCAUACCCCACCAGGCUACAGUGGGACAUCCCGGAGGAAUGUCAAGAGGUUAUAGAGACCUCCCUGAACAGUGCAAAUCUUCUCGCAAACGAUGUGGAUUUUCACUCUUUCCCGUUCAACGCCUUUGGUAAAGGAAAAAUCAAGAAAUGCCGAACCAGCCCAGACGCUUUUGUCCAGCUUGCCCUCCAGCUGGCUCAUUACAAGGACAUGGGCAAAUUUUGCCUCACGUAUGAGGCCUCCAUGACCCGGCUCUUCCGAGAGGGGAGGACGGAGACCGUGCGCUCCUGCACCACCGAGUCCUGCAACUUCGUGCUGGCCAUGGUGGACCCGGCCCAGACGGUGGAACAGAGGCUGAAAUUAUUCAAGAUGGCAUCUGAAAAGCACCAGCUCCUGUACCGCCUUGCCAUGACAGGUGCUGGCAUCGAUCGUCAUCUCUUCUGCCUUUAUGUGGUGUCUAAAUAUCUCGCUGUGGACUCCCCUUUCCUUAAGGAAGUUUUAGCUGAGCCUUGGAGAUUAUCUACCAGCCAGACACCUCAGCAACAGGUGGAGCUGUUUAACCUGGAGAAGAACCCAGAGUACGUGUCCAGCGGAGGGGGCUUCGGACCGGUUGCCGAUGAUGGCUAUGGUGUGUCCUACAUUCUUGUGGGGGAGAACCUCAUCAAUUUCCACAUUUCUUCCAAGUUUUCUUGCCCCGAGACAGAUUCUCAUCGCUUUGGAAAGCACCUGAGACAAGCAAUGAUUGACAUCAGUGCUUUGUUUGGGCUCAAUUCUAAUUCCAGAAACUAAUUCCAUUAGAGAUGCUGCAAGAGAGAAUGAACUCUUCUGAUACAAACCAAAUGAAAAAUAGGUAUUCAUCCUGAUUAUAGUUCAGGAUAAAAAAUUGCUCUUACAAAACUCAAGAAGUUUUCCUUCCAUUAAAGGGUUAGGUGUUUGGUUUUCCUAGAAUGUAGGCUCCACUGUGUGAAGUACAGUCCUGCUACUCCCAGGUCUGUCCUCACCUGGGGAACAUUUGAUAAAGUCCCCCUGAAGUCUUUGCAUCGGCUCGUAUUUAUGAAGGGAUUAAAACAUUGUUGAAUUAACUUAGGGAUUAGUGGGGUUGUGGCUUCACACACAUUGGAACCGGAAAUGGCACCCUUUCUCAGUGGUCACCAGAUAUCUGGUACUUAAGGGCAUUUAACUUCCUAAGAGCAGUAUAAACAGCUGUUUUGUUAAAAGAAGAAAUUGUUCAAGUUGGCGGUGUUAACCGUCGUAGCUAACAGACAUGUAACGCACUAACCAAAAAGUCUGUGCUUCUGGGAGCAGGGUGUUGUCACUGUCAUCUGUUUUGGUAGCCUGUGUUUGCCUCUCUGUGUUUGCAGUCGGCAGUAUGACACGUCUUUGGUUUUACUGACCCUGCUUGUCUUCAAAAUCCAGUGCCUUAACAGUGAAAGUCCCUAAAUGUAAGGAAGAUCCUAGGAAAGAUUUAUUUUGUGAAGUCUUUGAGUGGAAUUUUGGGUAUAUUGUUCUCUUUUCAAUUUACUGAGUAUGGAUAACCCUAAAUAAACAUUUGUUCCAGUUUUCCCCUUCCCCUAGAAUGACCAGUUCCCUUAUAGGGGCAGGAUUCUUCUGAUUGGACUGUGUUCCUGUCAUUGUUAAGCAGCAAAACAAAUAACAGGCAUGUGUCAGAAAAGGG